CUAAAAAACAGUUUCAUCGACUUUCAGAUUGAGGGUGGGUCAGGGUAUGAUUGUAGCUAUGACAUUAGUAGUUGUUAUAUUCGUGUACCCAUAUCCACACCCACCCUUCAAAACUCAGAAAUUUAUAGAAAAUCUCGGCGUUAAUAUAUACAGAACGAUAAGGCUUGACGAAUCUUAUUGAUUGGCAGGAGCCACUAUAGUUUAAAAUGGUCACAGCCUUAAAAAUCCAAAGAUUUUUAAAAAUACCAUCGCGGCAGCGGCUCGGUAGCUUUCUUUGAUUAUCGUCGCGGCGCGGCAGCGGCAGAUUCUCAACCGCGAUGGACAUCUCUGCCACCCACAUCCUUCUCUGAGAUUUUUCAGCUAAACAAAUCAGAUUUUUAAAUUGUUGAAUAAAAUUAAGUUAAGUUUAGCUGUUUAGUUUAGAAUUUUUGAAACAAAAAAAUUAUUUAAUUUAUUAAUAGAAAAAGAAGUUUUUAAUUAAAAAAUCUGAACAAAUGAAGAAAUUAUUUGAAAUUAAUUUUGUUUAUUAAAAAUUAAGUUUAACAAAAAUAAAAUUUUAUUUUAUUAAAAUAAAAUCAAACACAAGUUUUUUCUUCUUAUUUUUACGCUUUUUUGAUUUCAAAAUAAUGAAAAAGGUUUUGAAUAAAAAGAAAAUUUUUUUUAGCAGAAAUUCAAACAAAAAAAAAUAAAUUUCAACAGUUUGCAAUUACUGUUGCUGGAGGAAAUGGAAAAGGACAAGAAUUAAAUCAACUCUCUGGUCCUCACGGGAUGUUUAUUGAUAAUGAUAAAUCAAUUUAUAUUGCUGAUUCUUCGAAUAAUCGUAUUGUUAAAUGGAAAUUGAAAUCAAGUACUGGUCAAAUCAUUGUAGAUGAGAGUGGAACUCAAAAUAAUCAAUUCUAUUCUCCAGUAGAUAUAAUUUUUGAUAAAAAAAAUAGUUCUUUUAUUAUUUCGAAAUGGGGAAAUAGACAAGUAAUUCGAUAUUUUAAUCACAAUCAAACAAAUCAACAAACUAUUAUUUCAAAUAUUUAUUGUUUUGGUCUAACAAUCGAUAAAAAUGGAUUUAUUUAUGUUUCUGAUUGGGAGAAUCAUGAAGUACGACGAUGGAAAAAAGGAGAUGAAAAAGGUGAAUUAGUUGCAGGUGGUAAUGGUAAAGGAAAUCAACUUAAUCAACUCAAUAAUCCUCUUUUUAUCUUUAUUGAUGAAGAAUAUUCUCUUUAUAUAUCAGAUUAUGAGAAUCAUCGUGUAAUGAAAUGGAAAAAAGAUGCAAAAGAAGGAAUUAUUGUUGCUGGUGGAAAUGAUCAAGGAAAUAGUCUCAAACAAUUGUCUCAUCCUCGAGGAGUGGUUGUUGAUCAUUUGGGUCAAAUCUACGUGGCAGAUUGUUGGAAUAAUCGAGUAAUGCGUUGGUGUGAAGGAGAUGAAGAAGGUGAAAUUGUUGUUGGUGGAAAUAAUUGUGGAAGUCAAUCAAAUGAAUUGUAUUAUCCCACAGGUUUAUCAUUUGAUAAUGAAGAAAACCUUUAUGUUGCUGAUUCUAAUAAUCAUCGAGUCCAAAAAUAUGAAAAAAUUUGA